CGCCAGCAGCAACAGCAGUGGUCGUCAGUGCACGGCAGCUCCGGGUGCCCCUGCGAAAGUCACUCGCGUUUCCUCGCCGUCUCGCACGCGCCCGCGCGCACACACACACGCACCGGUCGUACCCUGAACAGUUACGCGUACCCGUUCGCGUCGCGUACGUGCCUCACUUCGCCUUCCCCGUCGGCCGAAUCCGCGUGGGAACUCGACGGACCGGCUCGCGCGUCGUCGCCGUCCGAAGCGUGUUUCUCCUCUAUCUAUCUCUCUCUCUCUCUCUCUCGCGCGCGCAGUGCCCCUCCGAUUCGCGGCGCUUCAACGUGAACACGUCGGGGUCCUCGACUAGGCCAGCAUGUCGGCGCAAGUGCAGGGCACUCUUCUCGACGUGCUCAAGAAGAAGAUGAGGCAGACGAAGGAGGAGAUGGAGAAGUACAAGGACGAGUGCGAGGAGUACCAAAGGCGGCUGCAGGUGGAGGUGAUGCGCCGCGAGGAAGCUGAGUCCGAGGUCGCCGCCUUGAAUCGCCGUAUUCAACUGCUGGAGGAGGACCUCGAGAGAUCCGAGGAGCGUCUUGCCACUGCCACUGCCAAAUUGGCGGAGGCAUCGCAAGCUGCCGAUGAGAGCGAACGGAUACGCAAGGCCCUCGAAAACCGCACUAACAUGGAGGACGACCGAGUAUCCUUGUUGGAGCAGCAGCUAGCGCAGGCUAAACUGAUCGCAGAAGAGGCGGAUAAAAAAUACGAGGAGGUCGCCAGGAAACUAGUCAUGAUGGAGCAGGAUCUCGAGCGCGCCGAGGAGAAGGCCGAGCUUUCCGAAUCCAAGAUUGUCGAGCUUGAGGAAGAAUUGCGUGUCGUCGGCAAUAACUUGAAGUCCCUCGAGGUCUCCGAGGAAAAGGCGACGCAACGAGAGGAGACGUUCGAGGGCCAGGUGAAGAUUCUCGAUAGUCAAUUGAAAGAGGCUGAAGCACGCGCCGAGUUCGCGGAGAGAUCCGUGCAGAAACUCCAGAAGGAAGUUGACAGGCUCGAAGACGACCUCACGGCCGAGAGAGAGAAAAACAAAUUGCUACAGGAGGAGAUGGAGGCCACCCUGCAUGACAUCCAGAACAUGUAGAUCGUAUUUUUCGCGAUGGACGGAAACGCAUAGACGCGAAAACGUUUUGUAGGGAGCGAGAGAACAUCCGAGAGAAAGAGAGAGAUAUAUAAGGGGGGGGAGGGGGGGGAAGAACGAUGCAAGUAAAUAGCAGAACGGCGGCAACGAGAAGUGAAUGAGAAACAAAUACGCCGUUACGGCGCGAGCGUUUCGUAUGUGGUGCACACCUUAACAUUAACGGAUAAAAAUGCAGUCUUUAGACUAGCCUUAUACCCUCCAUUACGUCCAUCCGCAGUGCGUGUACGUAUUAUGCGUGCUUGUAUGUGCCCGAGCGUGUGUGUAUACGUGUCGUGUGCGUGUCGCGUGUCUAUUUGUAUGCACGUGAUGCAAGACAGACUGAUGUAGGAUGAGAGGAAGUGUAGAAAAUGUGUGUGUGCAUGCGAGGAAGAGUAAGGAAGUUACAGAACGAAAGGAUCGGCAUGGUAGAGAGAGAGAUAGAGGGGGGGAAGGAUGGAAGAUAGAGGAAGAAUAAGCAAUACGCGACAAGGACAGACGGCAGGAUAGUUCCAUACAUACGAAGUUACUUGUAAUCUGAGUUUUUUAGCUUUAGAUUUUAGCUUAGUCUGCCUUUGAAUUUUUGAAUUCGAGAAAAAUUGAGGCAUGGCUGCGAUUUGAGUCCUCGAUGCGCUUUCGAUUCGUUAAGAAAACGAUUACUGGCCGUGGGAGGAUACGUGAGUAGGGAUUCGGAGAGGCAGAAAAUGGAAGAAACGCGGGGACGAGAUGGACCGAAUUGCUUUGUACCGAGAGAAGAAGUUCUAUAAGACGUCUGGAAAUCGAUUUUCUCGAGCGUAUCAAUUUUAUGCGCCAAAGACGAUGUUCAAAUAUGAUCUAUUAUAUAAUUAUAUAAUAUUGUACUUAAUAUAUAAUUAUAUAGUAAACUACGCUCGACUCGUCUGAGACCUGAAGUCAGGUCUCCUCCUCUCCAUUGAAGAUAAACGAUCAUUGAGUGAUCUUUUAGAAGUGACUUAGGAAAAGUUUUUUUUAUUCUUAAUUUCACCCGGUCGGGCAUUUCAUCAGAAUUUGCUUCUGUCGGUACAAAAAUACGCGUAAUAGGAUUGUAUAUAAUGGAGGGAAGCAGACCGAGUGUUCACAUUCACUUUUUCGCGUCAUUUUACAUUCCGCAUUCUCCACGCGGCUCAGCUCGCGCGAGAAGAGAUUCGUCAGUUCCUUUUUCGUCUGCCAGCGAAGUUAUCGUCGCGUUAUCUUCUCAUUGCCGCCGAUGAAAGCAAAGACGACGAUGAUGCAAUAAUCGUGCAUUUAAGAGGAUUCCACUGCCACAAGCCCUCAGCAAUUUUUCUAAAAGUAUAUUUUCGUAGUACGCCUUUGUCUUCGUUGUGCAAUAUCCAAUCAAACGAUUACAACCGUAUUACCAACGUAGUAUUGCUAUGAUUCAAAUCCGUUGUUUUGUUUCCGCGUAGUACGAAAUAAUCGAGAAUUGUCCGGCCUAUGCAGACAUAUGCGUGUAUCACGUGUGCAGAGCGGUUUAACUUCGGGCCUACGAAAAAUUUAUCAUAAUACUUAAGAUACAAACAGGGAAGCAACUGGCUAUUUUGUCACGCCGCAACGCAGCUUCCCGUGCUAGCUGAGUCAUUCCGAUAUUUUUUACCGAUCGUGCCUGUAUAUAUUUACGAUAUAUUAAUACUAACCACGGCCAACGUCAAACCUCGAUGCAGGGAACGUGCUUCGUUUCGAAUAUAACAGCGAACGAAAGAUCCGGAAGUAAUGAUAGACCGUCGAGAUAACGCAUAUCCGAUUAUUCCACUUCGAGGCGAACCGCGUUUUCGCCUCGAAUUAUUAUUAUUACUAUUACUAUUAAUUGAUACAGCUGUCGUUAAUGUUACUUCACGCUCGCCAUCGAGCAUCGCUAAUUCCGCGAAGACAUUUUCUCUUCCAAUUCUUUUCCUUUCUACCGAAAAGCGUAAUUUAUGUCGCGCGUCCUACCCGAUCUCGAUGUCGUAAUCCGUCAUCGUUAUUCUUGUAGCACUUUUCCUGCAACAUAUUCUUGGAUGGCCUUUUGAUGUAAGAAUGUGCGCUUCGUUCUUUUCCCGUUCCGAUAUAUAAAUGCAUGUAUAUCGCACAAUCAUUGAGCAAUCAUGAAGCUACCUAGACUCGAUCGAACAUAUAUUUCAGGAUUGACUCUUGAUGACGAAAAAAUAUAAAUAUUUCGUCUUUCACAUGAAAGACGCAUAAAUUUUAACAACUAGCUUUUUAUAAUUUGCCAACGUCGCGUUGGUUUUGUAUUAUACAAAUCGAUAUUUCGCUGAUACACAGUUGUAGUGUCAACACAGUAAGCGUAUUUAAUCAUUACGUGACUUAAAUAUGAUCGCGCAUGACGUCACGUUUUUGAUCGAACAAUGUGCCGUUCAGAAAUUCGAGCUACUUCGAAUUAUAUGUCUCUAUUUAUGCAUGCGAAUGAACCGACUCAAAAUACAGUAGCACAUGCGCUAUCGAAAGGCCACCCGGAGAUAUCGCGACCGUUUGUUCUGCAAGUUAACGCCGCCACGAGCAAGCGUUGUUCAAAAACCAGGAAAGUAAUCGCGAAAAGCACAACAACCACGAGACCUACGUGUCCUAUCGUUGAUUUUUGUUAGCCACAAAUUCUUUUCUUUCUGAAGUAAUACUAAAAAUUACGGAAAACGCAGAUACUUGAGUUUAAGAGAGAACUUUAGUUUAUUAAUUUACUUAAUAUUAAUAAAGUGAAUGGAAUGAUAAUAACACUAAUAUCAUUGUAAUAAUAAUUAAUUAUUAUAUAUUGCUAUUAUUAUAAAACUGUUUAUAAUAUAUAUUUUAAUUUUGAAAAAGAGUGUGUCGUUUGUUUUCGUUGUGUCGUUAUUUUAUUUUAUUUUUUACCUGCGCUAACAUUAAUCCUCCACCGUUAACAUAACGACGUGUAACUGCUGUCCAACGCGAUAACACUGUGAUCGCCUUGUUGUUAAGACAGUCUCCUAACAAACUGCAUGAUGAAGAAAGAGUGGUACGUAUGUCUUAAUUACGGUGAGUAAAUCUGCUUAAUCCGAUUUUGCUAUUUAAUGCAUGACAAAUCUCCCUAUUUACAAUAUCGAAACUUCACGAUUGUCUCUUAUCAUGAAAUUUAUCACGAUUAUUUUGUAGAUAUAAAUAUUCCUUUCUUUUUCUGCGUGAUCUACUGAUCAUUCUUCCGAUACCGGUAAUAAAACUGAUUAUGUUAAUAAUAUUAUAUUCCAUCAUCAAAAAACAUUCAUGAAUAACGAAUCUAAUUAUCGAAGCACAUUUAAAAUAUGUAAAAAUUAGCGUAGAGCUAAGAGCAGGUAUGAAUUGAGGUACAAAUUAUAUCUAACAGAAGAAAUUUAACGAAUAUCACGACGAUAGAAGAGAAAUAAUCGGGGAAUCAUUUUCAGCCGCGCGUUAAAAUUUAUAUGACCUACCUAAACGUGUUGAGUUAUUUGAUUUUAAUUCAAUUAUCUUCACCGCUAUCCCGCUUGGCCGAUCCACAGUGCCUGCUUAGCGCAGUUAACAAUAUUAAUCCUUUCAUCACCGAGCGAUUUUUAAUUAUUUUUUUAAUGGGACAUCAGCAUCCCACAGAAUCCUAGAGAGACAAGGAAUGGGGACUUAUAUGCGGUCAUGAAAGGGUUAAAAAUUUAUUAAAAAAUUAAUUAAAAAGGACGAAACACUUUCGUCUCUUCGGCACUUCUUUUUUUCGAUCACUUCACACGCCACGCAGUAGACAAAGUCUCAUCAACUGACUAGCGGCUUUCUAUAUCGUUGCGAAUGC